UCCUUCUUCUUCUUCUAUUUAUUUGACUUCAUUUUCAACUUUCAAUUUAGGAUAUUAUUAUUGAAUUAAUUAUAUAUCCUCCAAAAAUUAAAAAAAAAAAAAUGAAAGACAUUAUAGGAAACCCUUUACGCCUUAAAUCAGUAAAUCAUAUUUCCCUUAUCUGCAAAUCACUUGAAGAAUCUAUCAACUUCUAUCAAAAUGUUCUUGGAUUUAUUCCCAUUAGAAGACCUGGAUCAUUUGAUUUUGAAGGAGCAUGGUUAUUUGGCUAUGGAAUUGGAAUUCACCUUCUUCAGACAGCAAACCCUGAAAAUAUUCCAAUGAAGAAAGAAAUUAAUCCAAAAGAUAAUCAUAUAUCAUUCCAGUGUGAAAGCAUGGGAAUGGUACAAAAAUGUUUGGAGGAGAUGAAGAUUGAUUUUGCUCGUGCAUUGGUGGAAGAAAAUGGAGUUCAAGUUGAUCAGUUAUUUUUUCAUGACCCAGAUGGAUUCAUGAUUGAGAUAUGCAAUUGUGAUAAUCUUCCUGUUAUUCCAUUAGCUGGUGACAUGGUUAGAUCAUGCUCAAGACUCAAUCUUGACAUUAUGCAACAACAGAUACAACAAGUUGUCAACCAAAUUUAAUCAUAAGGAAAUAUCAAUGUUAUGAGGUGCAUUUGUUCUUCUAAUAAAAAGAAAACUAUGUAUAUUGUCGGAAUAUUUGAAAAUACUAUAGUGUGAAAUAAGAAAAAUUAGAAGUUUUUCAUUAGUUUGUUUAUAUAUUUUUUAUAGCUUUUUUUAUUGUAAAAA